GCAGCCCCCGACCCGCUGUGGCCUGGCUUGUCCAGUGGGCAUUAGCUCAGCUCUGGAUCACAGCCGAGGUUUGCAGGCCGGAGCAACACUGGGGGAGUUGGGGGCUCAGCAGUGAUGCACUGGGGACGGGCUGCUUUCUGCAAGGCUCUGGUUCUCCAUGGACUGCCGCGCGGCUCGUGUGGAUGCCAAAGCCCAGGUGCCUUCUUUCAGUUGUGGGAGUGCAGAGAGCACAGAGGGCUGCUUUCCGUCCUUCCUCAGCUGAGCUAGUGACCUCAGCACCCUCACAGCAAGGCAUCCUGGGACACAGUUCAGCAUCCCGCCUGCUUCUGCACCUCCCCCGCCCCUCCCCAGAGCCCUGCCAGCUCUGGGUGCCCCCACCACCACCGCUAACUUUAGGGAGGAGGCAGCUGCUCUCUCACUGAACAGCACUGUUUUACUAGCCCUUGGAAGCAGAACUCGCCCUGAGGUGCCUUUGCCCCACUGCUGCUCUAGCAAGUGUCCGCCUGGAGCCACCCCACCCAGGCACGCCUGGCUUUCUACUGCCCGUACAGUCUCCCAGUGACCAUGGCACGGCCUUGGUUCUGCUCCCACUGCUGCCCUCCAUGCCCUGAGCUACAUGGUACCCGUGAUUGCUCCAGGCCCCGAGUGAAAGGCUACAAAUGAGGACGUUGCCAGCAGAUUCUUCUCAUGCCACAUAGCUAAGAUUAAGAUUUUGGCACAGCCCAGGCCCUAGCCGUGUGUGUGAGAGGAGGAGCAGGGUGGGGUGAGGGGGGCACAGCCCUGGCCGCAGUUGCAGGGGCUGGAGGUGGUGCAUAGCCCAGGGCACAGCUGCAAGGUGAAGAAAAUGCGGAAGCUGCAGCUUUGGCUCCUUUUCCUCGCUGGCCUCUCAGGAGCUGUGGCCCAGACAGACAAGGCAGCAGCGAGGAUUCAGCCGCGGCCCCCCUACCCCAGCCCGGGCAGAGAGCUGCAGCUGCAGUGUGACGUCCCAGGGGAUCCUGGCCCCCUGGAGUUCCUGUGGACAAAGGAAGGCAGCGAUGUCCCCCUGCAGAUAAACCCUGACCGCAUCCUCACCCUUCCUCCCGUCGGCAAGAAUGAAACUGGCACCUACAUCUGCACGGCCACCAGUGCCUGGGGCAGCUCUGUGGCCAAGUACAGCCUGGAGAUGAUCGACCUCUUCCGUAAGGUGUUUGUUUUCCCGAGAGCAUCCAACGACUCCUAUGUUAUCCUGAAGCCGAAGCCAGAGCAGCCACUGCAGAAUUUUACCGUGUGUCUGAGAUCCUACACUGACCUGCCCCGGCCAUACGCCCUCUUCUCCUAUGCCACCAAGGCCUAUGACGACGAGAUCCUGCUCUUCAAAUCCAGCUCCAGGGAGUACAGACUAUACGUGGGGGGGGAAUUUGUGACCUUCAGAGUCCCAGAGACCCAUAUGGACUGGGAGCACGUCUGUGCCGGCUGGGAAUCCGCCACGGGCAUAGCCGAGCUUUGGGUGAACGGGAAGCCCUUACCCAGGAAAGGGCUGCGGAAAGGCUACUCCGUCAGUACUGAGGCUGUGAUCAUCCUGGGGCAGGAGCAGGACUCCUUCGGGGGCGGGUUUGAUUUAUAUAAUUCUUUUACAGGUGAAAUGACUGACGUGUACAUGUGGGACCAUGUCCUCUAUAACAUGCAGUCUAUAAUGUGGGGUGGGUCCUUUUCCCGCUACAUCUUUGGCUGGAAUAAUUUGCACUAUGAAUUAGUAGGUGAUGUGUUCCUGAAACGCAGGCUGUUAUUCUGAUCCUGUGAGCACAGGCCGCAUUCAGUAGCGGUGCAGCCCUGGCCAAAGCUCCAACUCCUGCUAUCUGCUUUCAGAGAGUGACCUGCCCCCGGGGCGUGCUGUCUGCAGCUAUGAACCAGACAUGCCAAACCCGCAGCAAAAACGCAGAAAUUGGGCUUGUUUUUGGCUUAAUUGGCUUGUGAGUUGCUUGUUGGCUAGUUUUGGCUUGUAGCUUGUGGCUUCUUAUUUUUUUUAUUGGCU